AAAAAAAAAAAAAAAGUCUCCACCUGCAGUGUCAAAUUUGUUAUGUGCUGGUGCCUUGUUUUAAUGACUACUGCUAGUGCAGUAGUUCAGUGUGCUAGAGUAACAUGGCUGCUUUUAUUUGGUUUUGGAAGCUUUUGAGCUUUUUCUCUCCCACAGGUCUGAUGUUAAUGUGUCUUAUGUUCAUGACAUGGAUUACUGUGAGAAUUCUGAAAGAUUGUUUGAAAAUGGGAAAGGGUUAGUGCAGAGGCAGCUCCUCUUGGAGAUAUACUACCUUACACAUCAAAAGAGCAUAGAUGAGAACAUAGGACAGACUAAAAGCCCUCAGUUGGGAGGAGUUAAACACUCACCAAUAACCUGCCUACAUUAAACCUUUUCCACAAUGCGUGAGUCUGAGAGAUAAAGGGAGCUAUAAAGGGUGAAGCAGCUAGCCGGGCACCAGACCAAACUGCCCACAGCUCCUGAAAGGUCGUGAAAGGCCCAGGUUUGAAGGAGGUGCUUUUAGAAGGAAUCAGUAUGGAGCCUGAGGAGUACAGACGGAGAGGGAAAGAGAUGGUGGAUUACAUUUGCCAGUACCUGAGUAAUGUGAGAGAGAGACGGGUGACUCCUGAUGUACAGCCAGGUUACAUGAGAGCCCAGUUGCCGGAUUCUGCCCCAAUGGACCCAGACAGCUGGGACAACAUCUUUGGAGAUAUAGAGAAGAUUAUUAUGCCCGGGGUAGUCCAUUGGCAAAGUCCACACAUGCAUGCCUACUUUCCAGCUCUUACUUCCUGGCCUUCACUUCUUGGAGAUAUGUUGGCUGAUGCAAUUAACUGCUUGGGAUUCACAUGGGCCUCCAGUCCAGCCUGUACAGAACUGGAAAUGAAUGUGAUGGAUUGGUUGGCUAAAAUGCUGGGCCUUCCAGAUAAAUUCCUGCACCACCAUCCCGACAGUGUGGGUGGAGGAGUAUUACAGAGCACUGUGAGUGAAUCAACCUUGGUUGCGCUGCUAGCAGCAAGGAAAAACAAAAUUCUGGAGAUGAAGCUUUCUGAGCCAGACACUGAUGAGUCCUCACUCAAUUCUCGCCUCAUCGCUUAUGCGUCUGAUCAAGCACAUUCUUCCGUAGAAAAGGCUGGCUUGAUUUCUCUUGUGAAGGUGAAAUUUCUGCCUGUGGAUGAGAACUUUUCCCUCAGAGGUGGAACUUUGAAGAAAGCCAUUGCAGAAGACAGAAAGAAAGGCCUAGUGCCAGUCUUUGUUUGUGCAACUUUGGGUACAACUGGUGUCUGUGCUUUUGACAAUCUCUCAGAACUGGGUCCAAUUUGUAAUGCUGAGGGACUCUGGCUUCAUAUUGAUGCUGCAUAUGCAGGAACAGCAUUUGUAUGUCCUGAAUUUCGAUUGUUCUUGGAUGGAAUUGAAUAUGCAGAUUCCUUUACUUUCAACCCUUCUAAAUGGAUGAUGGUUCAUUUUGACUGCACUGGAUUUUGGGUUAAGGAUAAAUACAAAUUACAUCAAACCUUCAGUGUUAACCCUGUCUACCUCAGACAUCCCAACUCAGGAGCUGCUGUUGAUUUCAUGCACUGGCAAAUUCCACUGAGUCGUCGAUUUCGUUCUUUGAAGCUGUGGUUUGUGAUUCGUUCAUUUGGGGUGAAAAAGCUUCAAGCUCAUGUCCGACACGGUACUGAAACAGCCAAAUUCUUUGAAUCCUUGGUUAAAAGUGAUCCACUCUUUGAAAUUCCUGCCAAGAGACAUCUUGGACUGGUUGUAUUUCGUCUAAAGGGUCCCAACUGGCUGACAGAAAAACUCCUGAAAGAACUAAGCAGUUCUGGCAGGCUCUUCCUUAUUCCAGCAACCAUUCAUGACAAGUUCAUCAUUCGCUUUACUGUAACAUCUCAGUUCACAACCAGGGAAGAUAUUCUGCAAGACUGGAACAUCAUUCAACACACUGCAGCCCAAAUCGUUAGCCAGAAUUAUGGGUUGCACUGCAUCAGUUCUGGUGGUGGGGCAAGGAUCCCUGAUAUGAUAGCUAAGCCUAGUUCUGAUGCCAUUAGUAAUGCUUCUCAGCUUUAUCUAGACGGAGGAAAUUACAAAACACCUUCCAGAAAAAUAGUUGUUCAGCCUAAGUUAGUAGCAAGUCCUAGUGCGUGCGUGAUUAGUCAACAAGUGAAAGGUCAAGAGGAUCCUCUAGAUGACUGUUUUCCAGAAGAUGUCCAAGAUGUUACCAAACAUAAGUUAACCUCUUUUUUAUUCAGUUAUUUAUCUGUUCAAGGCAAGAAAAAGACAGCACGUUCCCUUAGCUGCAACAGUGUGCCAAUGACUGGUAGUCUCGAGCAAUGUAAUCCCAAAGCAGCAGCCACUGACAAGAAGGAGUCUUAUGCAAAUGCCAGAAUUCUUUCCAGGCUGCCUGAAGAGGUGAUGAUGUUCAAAAAAAGUGCCUUCAAAAAACUAAUUAAGUUCUACAGUGUCCCAAGCUUUCCGGAGUGUAGCAUUCAGUGUGGCCUUCAGCUGCCUUGUUGUCCUCUGCAAGCCAUUGUUUAACAAGUAAAAGAGAUUGGUCCUUAAGACCUCUCCACGUAGAAAGAGAACCAAAGUUUGCUUAUUCAUAUGCAAUACUACAUGUUACUUUGUUCAAUAUGUAAGCAGUGGUAGUGACCUCUGAGAAAAUUCCUGUGCUUUUACUGGUGGAAACCUCAUGUAUUUAUAGAUUAAAAUGUCAAAUAAAUCUUGUAGGCAUAUAACAUGAAACUCUGGUAUGUAGACUGUGGUAAAGAAAAUGCUAAUUUUUUCCUUAUCAGUUCUCCUAAUGGACAGUUUCUAGCUGCUAGGCUAGAACCAUUUUGACAAAAUAUGCUGGCCUCAGUAGGGGGUAAGCAAUUUAGCGCUCUAUUUGCACCAUUGAUUUUUUUUUCAAUACCUUGACUUAAACUCUCUAGACUGCUGCAAGGAUCUGUGUGUGCAGACAAUGCCAACGUCAAUUCUGAACUGCAAAAUGAAGGGUGUAACCUCUCCAAGAGAUCUUGCUGUAUUAGGGCAAUUUUAAAACUCCCUGAGUUUAAAAACACAACAGCCCUGCCAUUCCAUCUGUGCUAAUCACUUACAGUGCACAGGAGGCUUUAUGCAACCAUGCUGCAAGAGCAGUUGCCCUUGCUAAGCACCUGUGGCCUUUCUCAGCAUUACCUAAAGUCUGUAAAUCACAAGUGCAUGAGGAAAGAGAGUAGGAAUGAUACUUCACCCUUUCUCAUUACAGAAGAACUAAGGGGCAUUACAGCAGAAAGGGUCUUUAUGCAGCAAACAAACUUAUUGUUACAAGAGGCCAGUGAUUUAAGUAUUUUUCAAGAAUAAUUAAACUGGGAGGAGGAAAAUCUAUUGAGGGCAGCUUUAAAUUCAGAGAUACUACUGUUGAAUCAGGAAGCAUGAUGAGUGCUAGGAGAUUAUUCUGAGAAAGCACUGCUAGAUGCUCGCUGCCGCCUUCAUAGUUGUUUCCAGACACGUACAAUUACCCCAUCUUGAAGGCAGCGUACUUGGCCAGAUGGAUCUUCAGUCUGACCCAGAACAACUAUUCUCAAGUUACAUAAACAAUGAGUCUAGUUAAUCAGAACAAUUUCCAUACUUUUAUACAUCAGCUAAACUCACAGUAGGGUAUUUUGAGGCAUGUAUUACAAGGGGCAGUAAAAUUUGGCCUGCUAAUUCUUUCUAGUAAGAAUAGAUUUAUUUUAUUCCAUUCUGUAAUAUUAUUUGCCUUUUUUUAAACCCUAGGGAAAUCUAAGCCACACUUUAUUAUGAAGUAUCUGGCCUGCCAUUACUCUAUUUGCACCCAAAGGAAAGUAUGUCUUAGUUCUUAUAAAUUGUUCUCAUUCUGUGUAUGUAUUACUUGGUGCAUGAAAAAUAAGAGGGCAUCUCUGUGGCAAUGGAUAAAAGUUAAUGUAAGCAUCUAAUACAGACUUUUU